AUGUUAACGAGUGAGAUCAAAAGUACGAUUGUGGCAAGAAUCAAAGAAGCGAAAUAUUUUUCAAUUAUUCUUGAUUGUACUCCAGAUGUUAGUCAUGAAGAACCAAUGUCUCUUGUGAUAAGAUGUGUAAAUGUUUCAACUAGUCCGAUAAAGGUAGAAGAAUUCUUUUUAGAAUUUUUGAAAGUGGAUGAUACAUCGGGGUUGGGACUUUUUAAUGUACUUAGAGAGGCAUUGCACACACUCCAGCUUGAUAUUGGUGAUAGAAGAGGGCAAGGAUAUGAUAAUGGCUCUAACAUGAAAGGAAGACACAAAGGUGUACAAAAAAGAAUACUUGAAAUAAAUCCAAGAGCAUUCUACACGCCAUGUGGGUGUCAUAGUCUUAAUCUUGCCCUUUGUGAUAUGGCUACCUCUUGUUUCAAAGCUAUCUAUUUCUUUAGAGUGGUACAACGCAUAUGUGUGUUGUUUUCAUUUUCUACAAAAAGGUGGAAAAUUUUCAAAGACAAUAUGGAAGGUCUCAUACUUAAGCCAUUAUCACAAACUCGUUGGAAAAGUCGCAUUGAAAGUGUUGCAAUUGAAAUGGAGAUUGAGCCUACAUUUCGUGAAAGGCGUGUCAUUCGUAGAAAGAAACAUUUUGAUAAGAAUGUUAGUGAAGAGGUUGCACAAUUAGCUGAAGAAUCCUUUAGAAAGUUAAAUUCUACUAAUGAUGAGUGCGUGAAGACUUAUUGUGCUAAUCUUGAAGACUUUUUGAAACAUGAUGGGCUUAUGGAUGUUGAUGAGAGAGAUUUAUUUUGUAAGUUGAAAAUCUUCAAAGAAAUUUUGCCAAAAGAAAUCAAUAGGCCAAUUGAGGUGAUGAAUUAUUUGAAAUUGAUGGAUGGUUGUUUUCCAAAUGCCUGGAUUGCGUAUAGAAUAUUAUUGACUAUUCCAGUUACCGUUGCCUCUGGAGAAAGAAGUUUUUCAAAGUUAAAAUUGAUCAAAUCCUACCUUCGAUCAACAAUGUCACAAGAAAGAUUGAAUGGAUUAGCUAUAUUGUCUAUUGAAAAGGAUUUGGUAGAUAAAUUAGAUUAUACAAACUUAAUUAGUGAUUUUGCAACUAAAAAUGCAAGAAGAGUAGUAUUUAAGUGA